UUUUUAUAUUUAGUCUCAUAAGUUUACAAAUAAAAAUUUUGAAAUUUAUUUGUAGUUUGGACGAAUAUAAAUAAAAUAUUAUUAAAUAAAAAUAAUCGAAAGAAUUAAACAUAAAAUUUAUAAAAUUAUAAAAAAAUUGGACACAAUUUAAAAAAUAUGAAAAUUUCACAUAAUUUUGUAAGAUCAUGUGUAGAUUUUGUGCAUAAUUUUAUUUUAUAUUUUAUAUAACAUGAAACCGCUAUUUUGCGAGUGUCCUAGCUAAAUAUGUGCGAGCUAUGUGAAGUGGAAGUGUGAUGUAAGCAUAACCGUGAGCAUUAAAAGACAUGUCAUGAAUUAAUUUUGAACAUGCCAACUCAUCUCGCGACUACAAUUCCAUCUUCCUCUAAAAAUAAAUUGGUAAAAGAAUUAAAUGCCCCGUCAUCUGCACUGCUGUGACUUAACUACAACUACAAUAACAAUAAUAAUAAUAAUAAUAAUGAUCGCCCCCCUCCCAGCGCCCCCCUUUCCCGCAGUAGUUAGUAUUUAUGUACACAGAAAACGCGCGCGCGUAGGAAAUCUCAGUCGAGGACGAACUCACUCGACGCGCACCGCAUGACGUCAGCAUCGGCGGCACCGCCAACCCUCCCCUCUAUGCCGUCGGUCUACACCGCCGUCGCCGCCGCUUCACCGCAUCGCCGAUCAUACAGCUGCUACAACUGCAAUUACUCUUUUCAUAUAACUCCGAUUCCGGCGACGGCCGUCGACGCCCCUUCGUCUUUCCGAUGCCCUUCCUGCCACCACCGCCACCUCAUACCACACCACACAAUUGCUCCCGUUCUUCCUACUCCUCCGCCGCCGCCUCCGCCACCGCCCCAGUCUCCGGCUGCAACUCCGCUGCGGAAUUCUUCCUACUUUGUUAUUUAUCACACCGACGACGAUGACGAUGACGAUGACGAUGAGUCCGACUCCGAUGAGGAAUAUGAGUCGGAUAAUUCUCUGUUGUCUUUCGCUACUCCAAGUUUCCAUUCAUCUACUCCGGCUUUGAAAUCAUUCGUCGCUUCGCUUCCGAUUAAAACUUUUUCCCCAAAUGCACCCCCGGCUAUUCCGUCGUGCUCAAUUUGCAUUGAGGAUUUCGAGAUCAAACUGCCUUCUUCUGCGGUAAUCAGCGAAUUGCCGUGUGAGCAUUAUUUUCACAGGGAUUGUAUUGUUAAAUGGCUUCAGAGGAGCAAUACUUGUCCCCUGUGCCGGUACAAAUUGCCGGUAGAGAUUGGCGGCAGAGGUGAGGGCACUUCCCCUGGCACAAGCCAGGCGGAGGUGGAAAACGAUGCCGUUCCAGUGUUGGAUUUGCCUCCAAGAAGAGGGGCAGCAUUAAGUAGGGUUGAUGGUGAGCAGAGUGUUGGCUCAAAUGCUGCAGUGUUGGGCUCUGGAUCUGAUAGAGUAGCCCCAGCUAGAAAUGGUGGAGAGUUAAGUGGAUUGGAUAUUGAUCCGAUGCGGGACGAGGAUGGUGAUAUCUUAAUGGUUGAUGCAUGAUGUUGUUGUUGAUAAGUGCGCAUCGAUGAGUAUUCAAUUUUGUUCUUUCGGUGGAUGUAUAUAGCCCGGGUAUUAUUUCUCCCAAGAGCUUAUAUUAUGGAUGUGGGCACUCGUGCAUGCAGACCGGAUGUUUGUUGUAUUUGUGAAUUGAGCAGUCAGGGAUGGAAUGCGGAUGCUCCAAUAUAUCGGUUGCAAAGAAGUUCGUAGGAGGAUUUUUUAUUGCGGGAUGGUAAACUGAGACAAGAAUAAAGAAACUGUGUAUACAACUAUUUAUAUUUGUAUCUAUAAUUGGUACCAAGACUGUUUAUCUAUAUAGUAAGAAAGAAAAUAAAUUCCAUUGGUCA